AUGCUCCUCCCCACCAUGUGGCCCGUCCUCGUGCCGUAUGUCUUAUGGAUCAUGUUCUUUGACAAGGCACCCAUUCAAGCCGGCAGGCCUAGCAAGUUCUUCCGCACAUUGCGCAUCUGGACCCUCUUCAAGGACUACUUCCCGAUUGAGCUGAUCAAGACAGCCGACCUGAAGCCAGAGAAGAACUACAUCUUUUGCUAUCACCCUCAUGGUGUCAUUUCUCUGGGCGCUAUCAGCAACUUCGCCACCGAGGCCACUGGCUUCUCAGAGAAGUUCCCUGGGAUCGACCUGCGAGUGCUCACGCUGAAGCUCAACUUCUACACUCCCUUCGCCCGUGAGUUCGUGCUGGCCGCUGGCAUGUGCGACGUGUCGGCGACCUCUUGCCACUAUAACCUGUCUCGUGGCCCGGGCAGCUCCAUCCUCAUUGUCAUCGGUGGUGCCCAAGAGGCGCUGGACGCACACCCUGGCAUCAACAACCUCACGCUCAAGAACCGCAAGGGCUUCGUUAAGGUCGCCCUUCAGCAUGGUGCAGCUCUGGUGCCCAUAUUCAGCUUCGGCGAGAACAACCUCUUUGCCCAGAUUCCCAACCCCAAGGGCAGCAAGUUGCGUAACUUCCAGGACAUGUUGCAGAAGAAGCUGGGCUUCUCCAUGCCGCUCUUUCAGGGGCGCGGGGUGUUCAAUUAUGACUUUGGAGGCGAGCCGCUCGAGCUACCCCACUUGACCGCACCAACACAAGAGCAAAUCGAUGAAUGGCACGCCCGCUACGUGGAGGCCCUCGUCGCGCUCUACAACCAGUACAAGGAUGUCUACGACAAAGAUCGUAAGAGCGACAUCCAGAUCCUCUAA